AUAGAAAUAACCUCCAAGAAGUAGUCUAUGCUUUGAUUUAAUCGCAGACCCUAAUAAUUUGCUAAUAAUGCUUCAUCUUUUUUGUAUUAAAGGAAACAGAUCAAGAUACACAAGAACCUGUUUAGCGGGGGAAGUGGAGCAAGUCCAAGGAAUGUCGAUCAAGACCAGAAUGCACUAGUCUGGGAUAUCAUUACUCAUCUCUCUCGGCGCUGAAUGGUUUCUUCCACUCGGGGCACUUUGUCUUUGUGCUGGAAACAAAAUAUUUUGAUAAUGUUUGACCACGUCGGUGGGAUGUACAGCAAGUCUGUGUUCGAGGACGUUAUCACGCAAGGAUAACAAUCAAACUAUUCUUCAGGAUUACAACGAAUAGACGAAUGUUUGCAAUUGCUUCUUGGUGAAAACUAGUUUUCGGAUGAACCGGUGUGUCAUUGCUGGUGUGAUGCAUGGACUGAGGAGUUACAAGUUGCGAUAGCCCACAAGUUCAAUUGCAGUUUCAAGUAUCGAAGGUAAAGCUUGGAUAUCCUCAAUAGAAACAAAAAAAACGUUUAGGCUAAUGGGACAUAAGGCUAUCGAUAGGAAUAUGGUAUUGAUGUAGUAGGCAGUGGGUGCAUGGCAUGUGGUAUUAAGCAAUUUAUCCAGUUUGCAAUUGAUAUUUGCAGUAAGAAUACCAAAGUAAAUAGCUCAUAUUCCUUGUUAAUUGUAUGUGUACAGGAAUGGAUUCUCACAACCACUGAAAACCAUUUGCAAUUCGAUGUUACUGCUUUUGUAUGCAGUCCACAGGCCUACUAAAAAGAUGGACAAGAUUCUUGGCACAGUAUAGAAAACAACCCCGGACACUUGUGUAAUCGAGUCGUAGAUAUACCCAGCUUGCGCUUGAUACUGCACUAGCUGUUUUUUUAGGCAGUAAAAACAGAUAUAGCACUAAGGUUAUUAUCGUGUUAUAGUGCAUGAGCACAGAUCAGUAUUUAUGCCAUUUGACAGUUGUUGUGGCAUUCCAGCACAAUACCAUUAGAUUUACAUAACUCUUUCACACCAUCUCUUAUUGAUUCAAACAAGUGUUAGGUGACUGCAGUUGAAAUGAGCUGAAAUAGUCUGAAAUCAUCUAUUUGCGUGUUAAAAUGUUGUGCCCAAGGGUAGCAGCAUCACAAUGAUUUUAGGCAGCGUGUGCAUAUGAUUUUCAUCAGAGAGUCAAAAUGUCGAUGAAAGGCAAGGCACUCUACACUUUCCAAAGUGAAAACAAAGAGGAGAUCAGCAUACAGGAGAAUGAGGAACUGGUUAUCUUUGACGAUAACUCUGUAGAUGGCUGGUUACAAGGGGAGAACAGUAAAGGACAGAAAGGUCUCUUCCCGGCCUCUUACGUGGAAGUAAUCCGCCCUCGUUCCAACUCCAACCUGACAGACUGCUCCAUAAGCCCGGUGGGUUCUCCAGGCAAUGACUCCUCAUAUUUCCCCUCCGCCCCAAACACGCCCUUUCACAUGCAACAAGGUUACUAUGACGACGAUGAUGAUGACUGGGAUGAUUGGGAUGACAGUUCCACAGUGGUGGACGAUGAUGGCCGCAGUGGCGCAAAUGGACAUUCCCAUCAGAGCCCCCACUCCAACAACCCCAAUGUCCACUAUCGAGCCAAACCUUACAUGGAGAGGCAGGACAGCAUCUCCAGCUCGCGGAAGGGCAGUAUGGUGGGAAGGAACUUGAACCGAUUCUCCAGCUUUGUACGCUCAGGGGUGGAAGCUUUUGUGUUGGGCGAUGUGCCCAUGAACGCUAAGAUAGCGGAGUCGUACACCAUUGAGAUGGGCCCCAAAGGGCCUCAAUGGAAAGACAGCCCCACACCUUUCUCUUGCUCCAUCGAGGACCCUACCAAGCAGACCAAGUUCAAAGGCAUCAAGACCUACAUAUCGUACCGAGUGACCCCAAGCCACAAUGCGAGGCCUGUGUACCGGCGUUACAAGCACUUCGACUGGUUGUACAACCGUCUACUGCACAAGUUCACCGUCAUCUCCGUGCCCCACCUGCCCGAGAAACAGGCAACAGGGCGCUUCGAAGAGGACUUCAUCGAGAAGCGCAAGAGGCGGCUGAUCCUCUGGAUGGACCACAUGACCAGCCACCCGGUCCUGUCGCAAUACGAGGGUUUCGAGCACUUCCUCAUGUGCGCCGACGACAAGCAGUGGAAGCUGGGCAAACGGCGGGCAGAGAAGGACGAGAUGAUGGGCGCCAACUUCAUGCUUACCUUCCAGAUCCCAAAUGAGCACCAGGACCUGCAGGACGUGGAGGAACGUGUGGACUCCUUCAAGUCUUUCGCCAAGAAAAUGGAUGACAGCGUCAUGCAGCUUACGCAUGUGGCCUCAGAACUGGUGCGGAAGCACCUCGGAGGCUUCCGGAAGGAAUUUCAGCGGCUGGGGAACGCCUUCCAGAACGUCAGUCAGGCGUUCAUGCUGGACCCUCCCCACUGCUCGGACGCCCUCAACACCGCCAUCUCCCACACGGGACGUACUUACGAGAACAUUGGGGAAAUGUUUGCGGAGCAACCUAAGUAUGACCUCUUCCACAUGCUGGACAAACUGUCACUCUACCAGGGCCUACUCGCCAACUUCCCGGACAUUAUUCAUCUACAGAAAGGUGCGUUCGCCAAGGUCAAAGAGAGUCAGCGGAUGAGCGACGAAGGGAAAAUGGACCAGGACGAGGCAGACGGAGUGCGUAAACGCUGCCGGACAGUGGGAUUCGCUCUACAGGCUGAGAUGAACCACUUCCACCAGCGCCGCGAGGUGGACUUCAAGGAGAUGAUGCAGGCCUACAUCAAACAGCAGAUCGCCUUCUACCAGCGCGUGGGCCAACAGCUGGAGCGUACCCUGCACAUGUACGACAACCUGUAGAGGCUGGGCUUGUCAUCAGCCCUGACGUUAUCCUUUUGAUCCGAAAUGGCCGCCCAGUUCAACGGGCCCUCUUCAGGGUUUGUCAAAAAGCCUAGUGGAAAUAGAGAAAUCCCACUGGACACACACUGGUUGUUUAAAUGUAAUUUGUCAAUGUAUUGUGAUGUGGAAAAUACAUUGGAUUUUAACAAAGUUUUCAUCGUUGAAAUUAGGGUAAAACCUCAACUUAACUACAU